AUGCGCCUUGAUUCGUCACAUUCAUUAGUCAAGAUAUUCCCUUCUUUGGAGAUUUUAAGAGUCGAGAUCUGUCCCGAAUUGGUAAGCCUGCCAGAUGGUGUUUGGCACAACCUUAGAUGCAUUAAAGAACUACGUAUUUCGGGAUGCCUUCGUUUAAGUCAUCUACCAAAGGACGUGGGAGGAUUGGCAUCUCUUGAGAGUCUAACAGUAUUGGGUUGCCCCAGUCUUGUUUCCAUUCCAGAUAUUCAUUCCCUACGAUCUCUAGUUCGGCUGCAUCUUGGGAGAUGCGGCAACUUGCGCUCACUACCAAGUGGAAUGGAAGUCUGUACAUCAAUCAGAAGAAUUGCAUUAUUGGGGUGCCCUGCUAUUCAACCAGAGGAUUUGCAUCCUCUGUCGAGGAUGACUCAACUACAAGGAUUGGCGCUAGGUGGUUUCUCUCAAGAUCUUGAUUAUUUCCCCUGGCCCAGCUGCACCAUUAAUCCUUGCAGAGUUACCAUUACGGACAAUGAGAACAAAGAAUUCCAACAUCCUUUUGCCUCGUUGCUGGUUCUUGGAUUAUGGGGUUGGCAAGCAGUCACAUCUCUGCCGGAGCAGAUUCAGCAUCUCUCCAACUUGAUCUUUUUACAGAUACAGCAUUUUGACGGGAUUGGGGCUCUGCCAGAGUUCUUGGGUAGCUUCCAUUCACUCGAAGAACUGGACAUUGCAGACUGCCAAAAUCUGUCGUAUUUGCCUUCUGCUGAGGCAAUGCGUCGCCUCACCAAAUUAAGGAAAUUGACAAUUAAAAAAUGUCCACGUCUCAAGGACAGAUGCAAGGAAGAGAUCGGCCAAGAAUGGUACAAGAUUGCUCAUAUUCCAGAAAUUCAGCUGCUGCCAUGA